AUGCUCCAUGCUGCUAAUGUGGCAAUCAGGAUAGGAUGUGAUCGGCUAAUUUUAGAAACCGACUCUCUUUUGUUGAAGCAGGCUUUAACAUCAAAUAUUUAUGAUCUAUCACAUUUAGGUGCUAUUUUCAGAGAUAUCAAAUGUCAACAUAGAGUUGGUUUAUCUCAUGUAUCUGUCAAACACUGCAGCAGGAAAUGUAACCAUGUUGCAUACACUUUAGCUGCACAUAGCACAACUAUGAGUAGAAGUACAUGGGAAAUUUGGCUUGACCAAUUUCCACCAUUUGUAUCAGACUGUGUAGCUGGAGAUUUUUCCAGCACUGCUAUAUAA